UACUGGCAUUCAGUCGCACGCCCGUAUGUCUAGUGCAACAAUCCCAUCUUGUUAUAGAUAUUCUGUAAACAAUAUUAUCGUAGUUGUUUAGUAUUAACAGUUUAAUGAAAUAUAGUAAAUUAGAAGCGGUGAUGACGGCUAUUUAGCAUGACGACCUGAGACACUUGGGGACUCCAAUAGGAGUCUGGAGCCGAUCAAGCAUGAGGACCAGGAUGAACGGAACUAAUCGAUUGAUUUUCACAUCCUCUUGCACGAGAUACUCCAAGUACCAAGGCCAGCAUGUGGAACAGACAGAUUCAUUCUGACCCGUGAACUUUCCGGGUGGAAGGGGGUGGUCGAGAGUAAUCCACACUCGGAAAUAGUUCACUUGCAUUUAUCGUCGAGAGAAUGACAGAAAUAGUGUCAGGUACGAAAGCCAUUAGAGGAUAGAGGUGGAAAACAAAAUAAAAAAAUUAUCAAUGUUGAGAGAGUUUGAACUUUCAGGUGAGGAUGAGGCUGGGUCGUGACCUGACCCCACUUGUCAUUCAACUGCAAUGGCUGCCUUGAAUAUUGUUAAUAUCAUCUAAUGAUAGUUAUGUCGUCGUUGAGAUAUUAAAUACAAAAAUCUUUGCGCGAGAAUUUUCAAAGUAAUGAUUGGAAGAUAGGCCUUCGAUGGAAUUAUCUUGGAGGACCUAAGAAGGUGGAUUUAUCGAGAUGGGGCUUUACGCGGCUGGGGUUGCCGGGAUAGGUGUUUUUUACACUGCUGUCCUGAGUAUUAGUGUCUGGGCGGCAGCCUCGAAGCGUAAAAAAGUCCAAGGAAAAUCCCUGGAUGACUUGAUCCUCGCCAACCGCGGUCUCGGCCUGCUACUGGGAACCUUUACACUCGUUGCGACAUGGGUCGGGGGUGUAUUCGUUCACGGCACGGCGGAAUCAAUGUUCACCAGGGGUUUGGUGUGGUGCCAGGUUCCAAUUGGCUACAGCCUCAGCCUCCUCUUGGGUGGCCUCAUCUUCGUGAAACCCAUGAGAAAAGCCGAAUACGUGACUAUGCUCGAUCCAUUUCAACAGAGAUACGGUGCAAAGCUCGGUGGUUUACUCUUUCUUCCAGCAGUCAUCGGUGAUAUUUUAUGGUCGGCUGCUGUGCUCAAGGCACUCGCCAAUACUCUCAGUGUUGUCGCCGGGAUUGAGGCGAAAUUCAGUGUCGGCACUUCUGCUUUAAUGCUGCUCGUGUACACAAUUUUUGGUGGUCUAUACACCCCGGCGUCAGCAGAUGCUCUCCAGUUGGCCUGUAUAACGCUUGGUUUGGCAAUUAGCACUCCAUACGCAAUGUUGAACCCAGUGGUGUCGUUAGAGAGAAACUUGGGGCGAAAAGAUUGGCUGGGUGAAGUGCAAACUAGAGAUCUGGCUGAGUGGAUAGACGGAAUGUUUCUUCUAAUGUUCGGUGGCAUACCCUGGCAGAGUUUUUUCCAACGCAUUGCCAAUAUAAAAACCAUCUCCCUGGCAAAAACCGCUUCAGUGAGUUCAAUGAUCUGCUGCCUGGUAGUAGCCCUUCCCUCAGCAAUAAUUGGACUAGUAGCGAGAGGUACAGACUGGUCCCUCAUUGAUGGAUUCAAUCGGACAAUGACAUUUCCCAGUCUCGACGGUGGUUCAAUUUUCCCAAUUGUCUUGAAGCACCUGACACCUCAAUGGGUUGCAUUUGUCGGUUUGGGUACAAUAUCAGUGACUAUUCUCGCUUCAGCAAAUUCCAGUGUACUCUCCAGCAGCAGUAUGUUCACCAGGAACAUUUACAUAAUGGCAAUUAGACCGAAGGCUUCUGAGAGAGAAAUUGGAUGGGUUCUGCGAAUUACUUUGCUCAUGGUAACGGGGGUUGCUGCCGGGGUGGCUCUGAUGGCCAGAAGUGUCUAUUAUCUUUCAUUUUUAUCGUCAGAUCUGGUUUACGUCGUUCUCUUCCCACAACUGUUGGCGGUCCUCCAUUGGCCCUCGUACGUAGACGCCUACGGAUGUCUUGCCGGCUACCUAAUAUCUCUGUGUCUGCGAAUCGGGGGUGGAGAGGCUACCCUGGCACUUCCACCCCUCAUCAAAUAUCCCUAUUUCGAUCCGAGAACCCAGAGCCAAAAAUUUCCAUUCAGAACUACUGCCAUGUUAUCCGCAAUCGUGGGGUCAUUACUCGUAAGCUCAAUUACGCGAGGCCUCUUCGGAGGAGGUAGAGAUACUUGUCCCAGAUGUUGUGACUUCCUGGGGAUCUACACCAGCAGCAAAUCAAAGGAGCAGGGCGUCGCUCAGAGCAGCUCUGGAGCUGCUCUUCUACUCAUAGAUUCGGCAAUGCACGAGAGCUCAGCGGGAAGAGACUCGACAGACAGUCAGGACGAUACAGAUCGACCCAGUUACGAGGAUUCUCACUCUGAAGAAACCAAUACCCACUACGGUAGCUUCACUGAACGGCCGGAUUUUACAUUGAGACGUGGCAUGAGUGUCCACAAUACCCCAAUAUCGCGAAUGAACCGGCCCUUUCCGAAGAAUGUUACUCAGACACCAGGUCGUAACAGGGUCCAGCAUUCCCAGCAUUCACAGCUCAAUAACGUUGACGGUCAAAUACUCGGUGUAAGAAAUUUAACAGCUACACCACUUGGCCAAGUGCUGAUGUCAAACGAGGCACAAACCAAUGCCAUCAGACUCACCAAUACCAAUGCAGUAUGUGCAACACCAUCGCAAACUUGUAAUCAUACUUACGGGAAAUUGACGAACAUCGAGAAGGCCAGGGAAAUUGAACGAAUUGCUGAUAGAAGUUCAUUGGAGCUCAAUCUCAAUCUGAACCUCAAUGUGCAGGAGACACCUGGGGGAAUUGUGAAGAAGAAUGUCGUCGGUGUUAAACUCGUUGGAAUGGAUGGACCGACUCCUUUGAGGAGACCAUCUCACGGCACGUUUUCACCGACCCCCUCAGUGGAGCUGGUUCACAUUCUAGAUCGUCGUCAGAGUGGUGGGUCAUACGGUCCUACCUCGUUAUCCCCCGUUCCCGGACUGGAAGCUUGUAAAAUUCAUGGAACUGCUGUCGGUGGUUCCGGAAAUGAGCACUGCAGGAUAAAACGAGGGAUCGUUAGACACCACAGUUUCAACGAGACGGGAGAUAGAGCCCUGACGACAUUAGCGAGGCAGCCUGCGUAUCCCUCGAUGCCUCUAAGAACCGAUGAGUGCAGAAUGACCCUGAAGAAGGAGAAGAAAGCCAACGGAACGAUAGCUCGACACUCUUCAGUUGCCGACGAUAAAGGAUUCUGCGGAAGGGGAUUAGUUCUCAGUCCCACGUAUAGUAUGUAUGGAUCUGCUGUCACCAGUGGGAAUUACUUUGUUAGUGAUGAUGAGGCUAUUAGUAGAUUUUAAUUACAUCGAAGUCAUAAUAUUGAUGCUCAUCCCGCCCCUCAAGGGUUCACUGUUAGGAAAUUAUGCCGGAAAUUCAAGGAAAAUAUCCUGACAAUUUGUAGUAAAUGACAAAUUGAGGUAACAUUUUAUUACUAAAGACCCAAUGGAUUUAUAUUUAUUCGAUGUUUAAUUAUUGGUAGAUCAUGAUGAUGAUAGUGAUGAUCAUUCAGAUCCGCAUUUAUUUUUACAUUUUUCAUUUAUUCAAAAUUCAAGUGAAUGUAAUGGAAAAUUUUGAUAAUGAGUUUGGAGUUCCAAUGGUUGAUUGAAAUAUCAAUAAUUGGAUUGUAUGAUUUUUUACUAACAAAAUUGAUAAAAUACUUAAAUGUAGUUCUUAAAAAUAUAAGAGAGUGGGACAGAACGGAAUGGUGCGAAAAAUGAACAUGGAGCAAAAUAAGACCAAAAUUUAGUCCCCACUCUCCAGUCUAUUGUGUACAGACGAAUUAAAAUUAAACUCUCCAAAGUAUAGUUAAAGUAAUAUUAAUACCUAGAAGGAAUGCAAAAUGUAAUUGUAAAGAUAAUCAAACGAUGGUUGAAAAAUGGUUUUUCUAAACGAAAAAAAAAAAUUAUGGAACACGCGUUGUGUCUAACGAGAACGUCCAAUGAAAGAAUGAAGAUGAUAAUCAAUUGAUAUAUGAUAUUUUUGCACUGAGGCAGUAAUUGUACAAAAUUAUAUAGUGUUUACUUAAUUUCGACGGGAUUUACAAUAUACCUAGGCAAAAAAGAAUGGUUAUCCAGUAGAAACAUCGUAAUUUGUAUUUAUAUAGGUGUAAUCCUCAAGCUCAAUGUAUAAUAAUUGCCGGUAGAGAGGAAGACCAAUGUUAAUCAACACUCAAAUUUCAACUAUUUCAUUCCAUAAAUGUACAUUGCACAUCGUGCUCACUCUACUAACGGUUACAUGUCUAAAUAUUAAUAAGCUACGCCUCAUAAUAAUUAUUUUAAAAGAAACUGGGACUUUCAGACGAAUUAUCUAUUAUUCUUAUUGUUUAUUAUUGAACAUUAUGAAUUAUUAAAAAAUACACGAUUGUUAUUUAUUGUUACCAAAUUCAAAUGAAACCAAAGUGAAAGCAUACUGGGGAAAGAUAUUUCAGUUAACAAUAUGAUCAUGAUAACAUUUUCGCGUGAGGUAUUGGCCAGUAAUAUUUUGACAAUUAACAUCUCUUGGAGUAAUAUUUAGACAUGAUACUCCAUCAAUAAUCGAAACAUUGGAAUUGUCAUUCGGUAUUUCUUAACUUAACCAUUUUACAUAACUCAUUCUAUGGAUGAAUGAAUAACAAAUCCAAAAUAUUGACGGAAUCCAAGACUUGAAAAAAUGCGUUCAGUAACAUUGUGCAAUACUCUACCUCCUCUCCUAUUAUGUAAUUUCGUAUUAAGGGUUGAAUAAGAGGUGAAAAAGACAUCUGAGACCUGUGCCAGUAUUACCAUAGUUUUAAGACUGAGACGAGUAAAAUGAUCUCAAUGAUAAUUUUAAGUAAAUAAGGGGUAGAUUUAAUUAACCGAAAUUGAAUUUAAAAUUAGGGUGUAGUAGAGUAUGUAAUGAUAAUGAUUAAUGUAUGACAAUGAUUGUUACAUGACAAAGCUGGGCAUCAACAUCUAAUGGAAAUACAGUAUCAAAUAUUUAAUCACAAUGAAAUAUUGUUUGAAAUACGUAAAUUUGACUAUUUUAGACGAAUAAAUAGUGUUGGAACAGCUCUCUUAA